AUGGGAAAAGCGGAUGCUUUGUCUAGAUUAGAAGAUCAUGUCAACAGCAUAGAAUAUGACAACAAAGGUGUCACCCUGAUAGAUCAAUCCAGGGUUGCCAAUGUUCAAAUUGGGCAGGAUUCAGAUCUUCUAAAAGUCUGUAAGAAAGACAUCUCAUCAGAAAAAAAGGUGCACCCUGAUGGCAAUGAACAUUAUUUAUGGGAAGAUGGGCUCUUCCAUUACAAAGACAAGAUCUAUGUUCCUGAGUCCACAAGGAUCAAGGCAAUAGAGAGAUGUCACAACACACCAUUCGCCAAGAUUCAGGCUGCCCCAGCAGCUGAACCUACAGUUGAGCAAAAGUUCAACAAAAAAGUCGAGAUUGUCGCUGACCCCAGUGCUUUCAAAGGAGAUAGGGCUCAAUUUGCCGAAUGGUGGAUCAAGCUCCAAAUUUCGAUCAAGGCAAACUGGGACACGUUUGCCAACAAUUUUGAGAUAGCGACCGCUGUGCUAUCUCGACUAAAAGGACCUGUGGCGGGUCAAUACGCCCAAGUUAGAAUGCAGGAGUGCUACACCGCGGGAGUGUGGCCUGUCUGGGAUGAUCUCAAGGUUGAGAUCAAAAAAUAUUUCAAACUGCAAGCUGAGUGUGACUGGGUGCGUCAGCAGAUCUGUUCCUCCAAACAAGGAAACAUGAGGACAGAUGAUUACGUUACCCGGUUUCUGGCCCUCUCCAUCCAAGGAGGGCUGGGUAAUGAACAAGUAGAACUGCUGGAAUGCAAUGUGAACCCCCGCAUUGCAGAACAGAUCUACCUGCAGGAUACACAGAGUGACAACCUGGCUCUGGUGGCUGAGGAAGUUUGCCGAGUUGGUAGAGCCAUGGAGCUCUACGUUAUGCACCAAGGUGGUGGGACCACCACCAAAAACAACCAAUCCCGGAGGCGCCCUGGGUCAUCAAACCACCAUAAUCACUCUCACGGGUUCAAGCUGUUCGGGCUGCAGCCAGGACAGGGGGACACAUGUCCCGAGAUUGCAAAAACGGGGUGCAGGCCACCCAACAAAAAAAAUAAUCAAGGGCGCCAGGCGCACCAAUUAGAAACCCAAAAGCCGCACAAUUGGCUCAAUACUCUGGCCGGUUAUUCGCAUGAUGAACUCUGGGCUUUCUUCUACGACCAGCAAGUCAAUGAAAUGAAAGCUCAGGGAAAAGAGUUUGGAGCUUAG